AAACCAAUAGGUCAACGUGUCGUGCGUUUUCUGCACCUGCGUGAUUUGCCCUGCGCGUGUACCUGCUUUGUCAUUGGCAAGAAUAGCAAAUCUAUGGGUUUUAUGCGGGUCCCGCUUGUUUCACUCUUCAUGUCACCAAGAAAUAGCCAUCCGGGUAGGUGGGACCGGCGUGACUUGGCCGUGUAAGAAGUUUCAGCUCUUCGUAAUCGACCCUUCUGCGUUCAUCGAGAGUGCAUAAAGGUCAUCGGUUCGCAGAGGAAAGCGGAAUUAGGGUUUCGGGAAUUCCCCCUUCGAGCUCCCAAUUCUCCCGUUUCGUUGUGCUCCCAUCUCGACUUGGAUCGGGUUGGGUUCGAGGGUAGUCCUCGGCGCCGAUGAUCUCUGCCUCGGAUCCGCUGAGAUGAGACCGUUAGAGGACCUCCUCACCGCGGUCUCACUCGCGGCCGCGCCGGCGGGGACGGAAGCGGAGACGGUUGUGCUUCCGGGACCCGCAGGCGGGAGCGCGUCGGUCUCCCCGUCGUGGCUCGUGGGUUGCCAUGGGCUCCUGUACAAUCUCGCAUUGAUCGUCCCCUCGGUGAUCUUUGUCGCCUACCUCGCGUCUCUGGCGCGGAAGAGCUUCGCCAAGCUCACGAAUGGCUACUCUUAUGUCAUGAUUGCCUAUUACGCCCUCCUCUGGCUCGUCAGCGUUCUCAAUCUUCUAUGGUGCCUUGUCCAGGCAUGGCAAUGUUCGCCUGAGAAAGAAUUAUCUUGGAAUAUGUUGUCAUUGUUCACAGAAUCUGGGAUGUUAUUUUUAGAAGUUAGCUUGUUGGCCUUUCUACUUCAAGGAAAUCAUGCAGGUGGAUUGGACGUUUUAACACGUACAUUUGUAAUAUCUGCAGUAAUUGUUGCUGCUGAUACAUUAUUGAAGGCAAUCUAUAUAUUUGGUUUCGGGGUUCCAUUAUUUGCAGACAACAAUGAAACAGCACAUCAAGCAAGAUGGGGUUUGUGGAUUGUCCACAAGUUGUUGCUUACUGCAGUCUAUGGCUCCAUUUUCUUCAUGCACCACUCAAAGUGGAGAGAGAGGUUGCCAGCAAGACCAGCAUUCUACAAUUAUGUUUGUGUUAUGCUGUUAUUAAAUACAAUGUCCGUGUUUGGUUGUCUGCUUGUGGGAAAUGGAGCUGGGUUCGGGAUCUGGUUGUCCAAUCUUAUAACCGUAUGCUACCACUCUCUCUAUCUUCCGCUUCUCUAUGUGAUCUUCCUGGCUGAUUUUUUCCAGGAAGAAGAUUUGCGCAUAGAGAAUGUGUACUAUUCCGAGAUGAAAGAUGCUGGUUUCUUCGAUGACGAUUGGGAUUAGUAUGUCAGUCGGAUAGGCCCCUCAUUCUAGUUGCACUUGGUACCACUGUAUGGAGCCAAGCUGGCCAUCGAUCUCUAGCUCGCAUACAGACCUGACGAGGUGAGAAACAGCAUCAUCAACAGUGUUGAACUCUGCAAGAUCCGGUGGCAAUGCAUUGGCAGGCCAGUUCUCCAGCCAACCCUUCAACCUCAGCCGGAGUUCUUCCUCUGUUACAAACUCUUCGCUUUUGCCUGGCUCCAAAAGGACGUAAGUGUCCGACUGUAGAUAUGCUCUUCUCCUUCUUACUGCAGAAACCUGAUCACGAUUUCCCAGUCGAUUAUUCAAGCUUUGGAUUUCCUAACAUCGAAAUCCAUAGGAAAAGGAAUGAAGAAAAAUAAUAGCAUAUGUAACGGUAGAUCUUAUAUUUGAUAAGGUUAUUUAGUCUCAUAUUGGUUGA